AUGCAUCGAAAUAUACAACGAACAAUUUUAACACCACAGUUCAGUUAUGUGCAGGAUUUUUGGUUUGCAGAUAGUAGUGAAGAAAAAUGGCUUACUUAUAAUAGAUUAUCCAGCACAUAUAUGAAUAGCAUCAACGCAUAUGGUCGCAUUACCAACUUCUUUCAUCGCAAACAGAAAUUUAUUCCUGUACGAAAUGUGAAUAAGAUGCAAGUCAGAACGAUUAAUGAAGAAACACCUCUCGGGAUGUUUCGAGCACUUCCACGAGAAUUGCUAUUCAGCCUUUUUGAUUGGAUAUGUGCUAACCAAUUACUAUUCCUUAGUUUAACAUCGAGCACCUUUAACGGCGAAGUUCGACGCUAUUUGUUGACGGAGAAUGCGCGUCGAAGAUUUUUGAUUGAAACUAUAGCAUAUAUGGGAGAUGAUGUCAUUGAAAUGGACCCGUUUUAUACAUGGGGUAUGCUGUUAAAGGCGAGCACGAUUGUUAUGGAUUCUCAGAGUCGCCGUUCAUUUUUAAUUUGCUUCUACUGCAAGAAUGAAAACAUCACAAAUUGGUUUGGUUGGGGUCGAUGUUUCAUGGCGUUUUGCGAAAAAUGGGAUUUUCGCGAAUGUGAACGGCUAAUGAGUAUGAUUCUCUAUUCCACUGAAUCGGAUCUACUGUUGUCCAAAAUUUUAUCUGAAGAAGUUGGGAAGUAUCCAUUACUAGAAAUAGAGGUUCGACAACGUCUUCAAAGUUUGUUUUUGGAACACACAACAAAAGAUGAAAGGGAUUAUGGAUUCUGGAUUUCUGCCAUUUUACGCACCCAAGAAACAACAGAACUUCAAGGAAAAUUGUUUAUGAUUAUGUUCGGACCGAUAAAAAUUACUCUAAGCAGAAUUGAGACCAUCGAUUGGGAAGUGUUAUGUAACGAAACUAUUAAUGUGCAGCACAUAUGUAAAAAAUUACUAGGCUCGAUAGCGCAUGGCAUUCAUCACCUGAUGACCACUUCAAAUCUUGGGUGCUAUGCGUGGACUGAUAACCAACUUUCCAUUUUAAUGGAGGAAAUAUCGAUGGUUCCUAACAGAUGGGCACUUCACAAUUUUGCUGCGUUACUUGCUCUCAAUCCACAAAUUAUUCAUAUAGCUUUAUUCACGCGACUAUCAGAAGGACGAAUAGAUGAAGCAGCGCAUAUUUUCCAUGCUGUCAAGACUAUUCUACAUCGAUGGGGUAUUUUCGUUAGCGGAGCCGUAUCUGAUGUAAUGCUCAAAACAUUUCGAUCUAUGUCAGAGAUUAAUCGCCGAUCGUUCUUAUCUUCAGUACUGAAGAUAGAAUCGUACCAGCUUAGCGGAUUACUUCUUAACAUACCGUUUAAUGUUGAAACCUUUCAUACCGAACUCUCUUCCGCACGUUCCAUAUCAGCGCUAAUAAUACUACUUGCGAAGAAUGUAUGA